AUGGAAAGGGUAGAAGAUCAAGUCGAAUAUUUGAAGCAAAGGUUUCAAAGGGCAUUCGUGCCUAACACUUUAUACACAGAACCUGGACCAACAGUAGAAGGGUGUCAAAAGGAGGCCUCGAUUUUAAUAUUACUUCAUUGGAAAGGUAAAUAGUUUAUAUUAUAUAUAUUCUAAUCCAUUCGGAGAAAGUCUAAAAGGCUAAAAAAGCCUACAGUGAUAGAAAAAGUAUUAUUACGUUAGUCAAAUUGCGAUGACAAGGAAUCGGGAGCUACGCCUUUUGCAACCAUCAUAGCUCCUUAAGAUGAUACCAACUAAGUAUGUGUGCCUUCAGAUAAUGACUGGCAUGUCUUCCUUACCCUCCGAUCAGCUCAUUUGAGGGCUCAUGCAGGCGAAGUCAGUUUUCCUGGAGGCAAAAGAGAAGAACAAGACGAAAGCUUUGUGGAAACAGCGCUGAGGGAGGCGAAUGAGGUGAAUAAUAUUCUAGGAACCGAAAUUCCGAGUAAUCAAUACUGAAUUUAGUUUUUUAGGAAGCCGGAAUUCCCUACGACUCCGUCAUCAUUGUUGGAGCUAUUUCUCAUCUAAUCACACGAAUGGGUAUCCAAGUCCGACCCAUUCUGGCUGUCCUUCGAGAGGAAUUUGAACCAGAAAUCAACGAAGAAGUUGAGCGGGCUUUCUGGAUGCCCUUGAGUGUUUUCCUGUCAAAGGAACAUCACGAAGAUCUUUAUUUCCCUGAGGCCAAAUUAAAAUCGCAUAAAGUUGAGGUAUGUCAUACUCUGGUGUAAAUCUUGAUUUUUUAUUUUUUGCUUCCAGUAUAAUGGAGAAUAUAUCUUUGGCUUUACCUCCUACGUCGCCAUCCUGAUUGCAAUGAAUGUCUACAAUAGGUUUCCAGAGUUCGAAAUCAGCAAUAUGAACACGUCCGAGUCUCCAGAAGAAUGUCUAUGUAAGGAGCUCAUGGUGUAUAAUACGAUGCCCCAGUUGGUAAAACAAGAGGAAUACGAUUCAAUGACCAAAAGCAAACUCUAA